UACCGCUUUCCAUCCGUCUUAUUAGCCAUCGUAGCCUUGAAAUUGACGUAGAAGGUGUACCGUAGCUAAUAAAAUAUUCACCGUUCGUAGUACUCUACCCCAAAACUGUAGAAAUUUGUGACAAAUGCUUGAUAAAUGUCGUGUGUGUUAAGAACGUGAACAAUUGUCGAUAUUGUUGGAGGUCACCAAGUGUGCGUCGGGUUGCUUUCAUCCUUCCUUGUUCUUGUUACUUAUCCUUAUUGUGAAUUGGCAUCACCACUUUCAUCCUGUCGUGUUACCCUUGCCCUUCCUUCUUGGCUCCCCAUCCAGACAUUCUGGUCAAAAUGGAGAGUGAAGAUGUUGGAAUUUAUUCUACCUCAUCCCCACCUCCCUGCUCAUCUGUAUCCUCUGUAAGCAAUGCUUCUUCCUCCACCUUUGCUUCCUUGGCUACCCACAGUCAACAUUGUACAUCCAACUCUAUCUGUGCUUCAUCCUGCAAAGAAGACAUGGAGGUGCAGGAGUUGAAGGUUCGCCUUCGAACUCGCAGGACUCGUGGCAUAUCGACGUCUGACAAUGCUGAUGAGGGACGACAGAAAAGACGCAAGCCCCGCCCUGGAGAGUCGUGGUGCCCUGUGUGUGGGGUGACACUACGACCCGGGGAGAUGGACGCUCACCUCACCCACGAGCUGGACAAGCUGGUCCGUCUUCCCCAGACCCGCCCACUCUCCCAGCGCACGCCCACGCCCACUACCUCCACGCCCACGCCUUCCACGUCAUCGGAGUCCAAUGCCACGACUAAGGCCUUCAAGUCACGUUAUCCUGCCUCGGGUCGCAACGACGACAAGAGUUGGAAAACAUACCAGCGGGUGAGGCACAACCGGCAGCUGCGGGUGCGGGCCAAGCGCAGGAGGACAGCCGAGGACCAGGAGCUAGAGGCGGAGCGGACCUGCCCAGUGUGUGACCAGCACUUCCCACUCCACGACGACGACGACGACGACGAUGACGUCAUCACCCACAUCGACGAGUGCCUCCGACGGGCGGAGGACGAGGACGAGGACGUGGAGGUGGAGCUGGAGGUGGAGGAGUACGAGUGGUGUGGCCAGACUCGCGUCAGGGCCACACAGAUGCUGCGGGCUGAGGGCCAACUCCACGCGCUGGGGACGAAGGUGGUGCGAGGCAGUGAGGAGGAGCUGGUGGACGUGUGCGGCGACGACUCCAGCACCGUCUAUGGCCCCGUCCAGUACUCCGACGCUGACCUCCCGUCGCCCCACAACGACUGCCACUCCGACACGGAGCUCGUCGACAACCACACCACCACUACGCCAGCCCACCACACCUCAACCAGUGUGCUUACUGAGGCAGCAUCAGCCUGCAACGGCCAGGCUAAUGGUGUAGGGACGUCAGGCAGCGGUGUGCCUACUGAAGCAGGGACGUCAGGCAGCAGUGUGCCUACUGAAGCAGGGACGUCAGGCAGCAGUGUGCCUACUGAAGCAGGGACGUCAGGCAGCAGUGUGCCUACUGAAGCAGGGACGUCAGGCAGCAGUGUGCCUACUGAAGCAGGGUCGUCAGGCAGCAGUGUGCCUGCUGAAGCAGGGACGUCAGGGAGCAGUGUGUCUGCUGAAGCAGGGACGUCAGGCAGCGGUGUGUCUACUGAAGCAGGGACGUCAGGGAGCAGUGUGUCUGCUGAAGCAGGGACGUCAGGCAGCGGUGUGUCUACUGAAGCAGGGACGUCAGGCAGCGGUGUGUCUACUGAAGCAGGGACGUCAGGCAGCGGUGUGUCUACUGAAGCAGGGACGUCAGGCAGCGGUGUGUCUACUGAAGCAGGGACGUCAGGCAGCGGUGUGUCUACUGAAGCAGGGACGUCAGGCAGCAGUGUGCCUACUGAAGCAGGGACGUCAGGUAGCGGUGUGUCUACUGAAGCAGGGACGUCAGGCAGCAGCCACAGCCUCAGUCCCGAGUCAGUCAACUCUACCAACCCUGGGCGACCGGAGGGGAGCGGCGGCGGCGGUGGCGGUGGUGGCAGCCUGGCACUGGUGGAGGCACUGAGGGCCAGACUUCAGGAGCUGGAGGAGGAGACGCCCAGAGGUCGCUACUCCUGCCGCGUCUGUCACGGGGAGUACGUGAGGCCGCUGGUGUCUGUCGUGUGUUGGCACGUUCACUGUCAGGAGUGCUGGCUCCCCGCCCUUGCGGCUAAGAAGCUGUGUCCUCAGUGUAGCGUCAUCACAGCGCCCGGUGACCUCCGGCGAGUGUAUCUGUGACCCCACCACACCACACCCAGUCACCUGGGUGUAUCAGUGUCCACGCUGCUUGUUUCUUCAGCCACAGUGUACCAACACCGAGGCACCUGCUCAUGGGUCCAACACUUACGACAACACAACCGACCGAUAAUCUGCGGUGAUGGUCUGCCAGCGACUGCCAGUAACUUGUCAACUGUUUGGCAGCUGUGAAGCAGGCACUGCUGGAGUAGUGACUGCUUGCUCCUCCAGCGAGUGAUGUGAUGACUAACCGCUUGGACUAGACGGUAGAGCCACGAUCUGAUUUCAUGCAGGUUGGCAUUCAAUCCCCGACCGUUCAUAAGUGGUUGGGCACCAUUCCCUUCUUCCCCCCCUCCAUCCCAUCUCAAAUCCGUAUCCUGACCCCUUCGAAGUGCUAUAUAGUCGUAAUGGCUUAGUGCUUUCCCCCCUGAUGAUUCCAUAGCCUCUUCCCGCUGUCGGGUGUGUUGUAAGACAAUGUCCUCAGUGAACCAUGGGCCACCGUUCGUAUGAACUCUUACAUACAGUCUGGGGACAUCUUAGUACUAUAAUUGUUAUUGUCGAUGCUCAACAUAAUGUUAAAAUGUGUGUGUGUGUUUUUUUUGUAAAUAUUCCCAUUUAUGUACAACAAAAAUAUGUUGUCUUGAUGAUGUUAAUACAAUUAAUGAAAUUAAGAGAUAAAUUCUAGAAUUCAAAAUA